AUUCUUAAAGUAAAUAUCGAUUUCAGAGAAGCGUUUAUCUCUUCGACAAAAUGGCUCUUGUUCUUGUAAUUUCUCUUCUAUUAGGAAUACAUUCACCGUGUUGGUCGGACGGCCCGCGCUUGAACGGCUCAUAACCACCAACUUCUACCUCCAUCAGUCUGCAAAGGAGGCAUACAAAGCGUAUGUCAAAGCCUACGAGUCACAUCAUUUGAAAGACAUAUUCGAUGUGAACACGUUAGACCUGAACGCCGUUGGCAAAUCGUUCGGCUUCGUCAACCCUCCAUUUGUCGAUUUGGGCGUUGGAGCGAAGUCAAAGAAAAGUCGUAUGAGAGUGACCAGAAUGGGUCGCAUAACGAAAGGCCAACUGUUGAAAAACAAAAUUUUUAAGCGUAUUGAUCGAAGUCAACCAACUAGCAGAUAA